UGAUGAGUGGCUCGCUGAUUCAUCGGCUUCGCUUCACCGCACAGCGUGUAUCUCACCAAACGGAAGCUUCUCACACACACUCUGCACAUCCCACACUCGAAUGAUGACAUCUUCCAAUCUCUGCUGGGCCGUCGUGACCUGGCCCGUCAACACUUUGACUGCGUCACUCAAUGUUGUGGCCGAGAUCCUCUUCAUCGCCUGCGUCGGCGUGCCACUGCUCCUUCUGAGCACCAUCACCAUUCCCCUGGCUCUGAUGAUCUCCUUAUUCGCCGGUCUCUAUAUCUUACGGCAAUCGGUGGUGGCAACAAUCUACAAUCUAUACGACGAUUUCUGGCCUUCUCACAAAGACGAGCCGGCGGCAGGGCUACGAGCAAGGCCUUAUCCUCCGACGGAGUUGCGAUCCGAGCAGGCUUCGAGCGGGGCAAGAUUGACGAGGCCACUCGAAUUGGAGGACUGUCUGGUCGAGCGAGCCGAGCCUCGAGGUCUUCGAAGACGGCGGAGGUCCAGGGCGAGUGGCGGGUGGAGUUCCGAGACUUCUCGAGCAUCCUUCCCGGAGCUCGUACGCAGGCCACCUUUUACCUUUCCCUCAUGAGGGAGGGAUGCCUUUAUACGACGGACGAUAUCACGAAAUUAUGGGCGACGGAUGAGCUGGAUUGUAGACUGGACUACAUAGAUAGAUUGGAGUACCUCUGCGUCGGAUGCAGAAUCAUCCACCUCAUCACGUCUGAGCGAUGGUCUGCGCGUCGGACGUGGACGAUCGGCCGGGCCAACGUCACAUCCAGUUAGCUUCAGGCAGCUUCAGGCUAGCGUGGGCAUAUGGCGUCGCAGCUCCAGACGACAGCCUGCCAGGCUCUCACUUU